UACGCAAUACAGCGUGUUGUCUGAAGGAAACGGACAAGUAAAGGGAAGAGAAGAACAACUUUCACGUUAGCGUUUUUAUUUAGACUUUUUAACGUCCUGGAACUCAAAAUAUGAUUAAUUUAACUGCACAUCCCAUGUUGUGUUUAGUUCGUGUUGGAGACAGGAUUUGUUUGAUAGCUAACUAGCUAGCUGCUCAAGUUAGCCAACAAUGGCUAGCUGUAUGAUUUUUCACACUCAAAUAGCCUCCAUUAUGGAGGUUCUAGCGAAUGCAGCCGUAGCAGAGAUCUGUAAACUCGUAGAUGACGACUAUGCAGUGUUUCGUUUGGAAAUAUCUCAAAACCAGAAAGAAAACAGGACAUUGCGGAGAAAACUGCUGGAAUCGAAGGUGGCACGGGAGCGCGCAGAAAGGACAGCCCGAGAGCGCGUCCUCACCAGUCGCCCCAGUAGUGUCAAGAUCCUCGACCGAUACAGAGGAAUGGCAAGAGGUGAAGGACAUCUCACUGGAGGCUACAGGACCUUUAUGAAGCCAGCUGGACACAAUACAUGGAGAGAUGACCAACCAAUCACUGUUGAUGAGGGGAGUGGAACCUCAACCCAACACGUUAUUGUGAUAGAAUCUGCAGAGGCUGAAGGUCCUGGUGUCAAGCUAGAGAGUUCUGAAGGAGAGGAGGACUCACGGCACAGCAGAGACAUCCAGACUGGAACGGCUGACACGCCCUCUGUAGACAGAGAGGACCCCACCACUGCCCAAGCACAGCCAAGGACCCGUUGCAGCAUCACGGAGGAUGAGGAGGGUCCAGAGGUACUGCUGGUGAAGGAGGAGGGUUAUGAGGAGGAUCUGGGGAACCCUGAGGGGAUCAUGGUCAUGGAGGACAACCAGACUACACCUCCUCCUGAACCCACAGAGGAACCAACUAAGCAGCACAGGAUCACACACAGUCUCACUGAGUCAGUAGACAUGGAGAAUGGGAAGCCUGACCUGCUGUUCGUCAAAAAGGAGACAAUAGAAGACGGACCAGAUAGCAUUGAUCUGCUGAGUGGACUAAAGAUGGGGGAGCAAGGUGGUUGGCUGGAGGCUAACAAAGGACACUGGGCGGCCAUCUUGGAUUCAAAGACUGGUGCAGCCAAGAUCCCAGGGGACAUCAUCACUGAGCAGGCCAGGGCCAGAGACAAUAUAGUAGAGGUCAGUGGAUGGGACAGCGUCCUAUGCUCUGGGCUGGCGAACAACCCUGUUAACCACAACCAGAAACAGACAGUGGAACACAAAACAACAUCCAAAUUUAGUCUCCAUGACAACAGACUGGCUGAGACCAGGGCGAGGUGUAGAUUAGGUCUGCAGGGAGGUGUCUGUAUUCAGCUGGAGAGAACAGACAAAGACUCAGCUAGCGAUGCUCCUUCCUGCUCCUAUAGUUGUGAUUCAGAGAGACUGAUGGCACCUCAGGUUAACCCCCUAACAGAUGCUGCCUUCAGCCUGCCUUCUAUAGGAUCUAUCAACUGGAACAUGGACCCUGCGACAACACAGACACUCCCUGACCUUCAUCCUUCUCACACUCUCCUCCUGUUAAACCAGACCUCAGACAAUGCUUGUGCACUAAAUGUCUACACAAGCCCAUUGACAAAUGACAGUAGUAGUAACGCUAUCAUCAGAUCUGGUGGCAAAGAGAAGCGCUUCCCGUGUUCAUUCUGUGGGAAAGCUUUCAGUUUCCCCAAACAGGUGGAGGUCCACCAGAGAAUACACACGGGGGAGAAACCAUUCAGCUGCCAUCUGUGCCGGGCCAGUUUCUCACACUCAUCCAGCCUGAAGAGGCACCAGAUGGUCCACACAGGGGUGAAACCCUUCAGCUGUACCCAGUGUCACAUGUGCUUUGCCCAGGCUGGUGACCUGAAGAGGCACCAGAGGGUCCACACAGGGGAGAGACCCUUCAGCUGCCCCCAGUGUGAGAAGAAGUUCACCCGCCAGAACCAGCUGAAGAAUCACCUGAAGGUCCACACUGGAGAGAGGCCACUUACCAAAACGCACUGCAGGAAGAGAUUCUCAGAGAGGAGCUAACUCAGGAUACACCAGCAGAAAAAUCAUUCCACUCUAUAACAUAGAAAGUAAUCAUUCUUCUGGAUAGCUUCUGAUGUUUUGAUCAAACCGUGCAAUAAAGACAUUAAUUUAUUGUUGUCAGCAGAAAAGACCCACAGAUGGUUUUGGAAUAACGACAGUAACAUAUUUAAUUGUUGAUUAUUGCAUUCAGACAUAAAACAUCUGAUACAUUGUUGUGUAGGCUGUAUUAUUUUCAUUACAUCCAAUCAACUAUCCGCCCCACCCCAUACACUUUUAAUGAGAAAGUGAAUGCAGUUUCAAGUGAAUGCAGUUUUAGUUGAGACGUAUGUGUGAUUUUUAUAUGGUGUAUUUUAAACUUGUUUAUGUUUAAUGCAAAAUUGAACUUUUCAGUCUGACUUUCAUUGAGACUUUCAUCCCUUAAUAGACAGUGUACAAAACAUUAGGAACAUCUCUUUCCAUGACAGACUGACCAUGUGUAAGAUAUGAUUCUUUAUUGAUUUCACCUGUUAAAUCCACUUCAAUCUCUAUAGAUGAAGAGACAGAUUAAAGAAUUUUUAAGCCUUGAAAAAAUGUAGACAUGGAU